UGACGCCAUGGCUAAUGGUACCCAAGCGCAAAAUGUGGUUGCAAAUCAGGCUCUUCAAGAAUUGCGAGCUAUACGUGCCCAGCAAGACCAGGAGUAUAAUAAAACUUUGUUAGUGGAUCAGGAGAAGGAGAGGAAGAAACUAGCCUACCAGGCCUGUGAGGAAAGACGUCAAAAGGCUAUUGAGGCAAGACGUCAGCGACUCUCUGCAUGUGAGGAACCCUCAGAUGGGGUGUUCAUCAAAUUUAAAUAUCCAAAUGGACACAUCAAUAUGAGGAAAUUCAGCUUGUUGGAGCCAAUCCAUGUGAAAUGUGUUCAGCUUAAGGAAAAAUAUCAGGUGUCUUCUCAGUGGGUUGGAACACUUGACUAA